UUUGCUUUUACAUACAAGAAUUUGACUUAUCUAUCUCCAACCAAAUGUUAUCAAGUAUACAGAUUAUGCCCUUAUUUCCACUAUGAUACAGAGAAAGGCACCUGGAGCAGUGUGCAGGUUAAAGGUCAGCUGCCGUGCCCUCGCUCCGCAGCUACCAUAUCAGCUGUUGGGAACAAGCUGUACCUGUUUGGGGGACUGAGCCAUGACGUCGGCUGGUUAGAUGACUUGUUUGUUCUCGACACGGAUACUUGGACAUGGAAGGAGCUGACUGACACACAGGGUCCUGCCCCAAGCCCCAGAGACAAGGUAGCUUCAGCCACCGUUGGGAACAAGGUGUAUUUCUUUGGUGGUUUUGGCCCCAAGGAUGGCUGGGACACGGAGGAGUCCACCAUGAGUGAAGAUGAGGAGGAGGAGGACGUGGGUCAGGGGGCAAAGUUCACUUGGUAUGAUGACCUCUACAUCUUUGACACAGAGACGAACACAUGGGAGAACCCUGAACCCAUCAAGCUGGGAGCACCAACACCAAGAGCAGCACAUGCACUGUGUGCUGUUGAGAAAAAGUUGGUGGUCUUUGGAGGAAGAGACAGGGAGGCAAGGAAGAAUGAUCUGUAUGUUCUUGAUACAGAAACGAUGAAGUGGCAACAAUUGAAGACGACCGGUCAGCAGCCAGAGCCACGGUCCUUCCACACGGCUACAGCAGUCGGCCACAGGGUGGUCAUCACAGGAGGGAGGGGUCUGCAAGACCAGCACUUCGCAGACUUCAACAUCUUCGACACAAAAACCAGAGAAUGGCUGCAGCCGGCAGUUUGUGGAGCCAAACCCGCCCCGCGCGGCAUGCACACAGCCACGGUGAUGGCCGACCAGUUGGUUCUGUACGGAGGGUCGUCAGACGUGGAUCCCGAGACCAUGCAGUGUCAGAAACGUUACGCAGACCUCUUCUGUGCCAGGACAGAGGAGGUUCUGAGUGGGAAGUCCAUCCAGUUGACAGUAGAAGAGAACAAGGAGAAUGCCCCGGCCACCUCCGCCCCACCCCAGGACAACCCCAGCCAGCCCCCCAAGGCACCCUCGUGUCCCGACCAGCCCAGAAAGCCGCGCUCCUCCAGCUGGGAGGAGGGGGAGGUCCCGGGGAUGGUGUAGUCACAGCGCUGAGGGGUAGACACCGUGGGGGGAGGGGGGACUUGGAAUGCCGCUUGUGUAAAACAGGUGCCAAGUAGAGCUGCCAAGCAUUUCCAGGGACUGUUGCCAAAAAACAUUGGUGCUGUCACAGGCAUACAUACAGAAAGUAGGGGACUUGUCAGGAUGUCAACAACAAACCAACUUCAGGUCUUUUCUCCGGGUAGCAUCAUUGUACAGUUUGUGUAUACAUGUACCUCUACCAGGCAGAUUGGAACAGGUCUGCACAUUCAUACCUUUUUUUAAUGGGAGUAGAGAAAUAUUUUGGAGUACCAACCACCACCAAAGUAUUUUGUAACAUUUAUCAAAUGCUGCAACUCGUACAUAUCCUGUACCUCGGUUCAUGUAGCACAUGGCACAUGUAUGGCCUCCAGGGUCUAGCUCUGCAAAGCAGUUUACUUGAAAACAACUAGCUGGCUCUCUGAACAUUUGUCAUCCUGACAAAUAUAUCUACUCAAUCAUACUGUAACAAAGAAAGGCAUUGACCACAGUCCACAAGUUUAUGUGUUGAUGUCAGCAGGAUCUAGAAGUGCUUCCUGUAGUUUAGGGAAUACAAACACUGACUACUGUUCAGCCUAUACAGUAACUAGAUAAGUGGUAGUUCAGUUGAUGUUUGUGAAGUUGAAGUUCUUGUUGUUUCACAGCACACUAAUCAUGAAGGAGAGAGAGUUUUUAUAAGUCUAUAUGAGACAAUGUGAUUGAUCAUGAUUCAUGUAAGAUUUGGGUAGUCGUGCUACAGAAAAGACUAGGCAAGAAAUUCUCACCAGCUGGAACUGUAAGACAAGUAAGAUUGUGUUAGAAAAGGCUUUCCUUCAGAGUGUCUUACAUUUGAACUUGUAUGAACAGAAGCAGGCUCUGUUUUCCUGCUAUACAGUGCACUGAGACAUGUUCUGUGUCCUGGAUUCCAUUAUGCUUAAAGCCUAUAAGAACUGUACUGUCCACAUAGAAGAAACCUUGCAAACAGUGACCUUUUUUUUGAAGCCAUGAGAUGCAUACUGAUGAUCUUUACUGAUGAUGUUUAAAUCUAGGUUGUGAAAGAACCAUUGUAAAAUGUAGAAGAUUAACUUGUGAGUCAAUACUGUGACUGAUAGACAUCAUUGAAUAGAUGUGUCAGUAACUGCUAGUCGAUGUGUGAAACAAAGUCCAUUAGCCUCUGACUUUCCACUGUUUUGUGUGCAAGACAUGUUGCAGGGUAUUUUUACCUCAUGAUGAGGAAUGCCUUUUUAGAAUACAUAUGGGUACAUUUGUGUAAGCUUAGCACUAUCUACAAACCUUGUGUAUUAUCUAAGGUCUGGUAAUCAAAGAUUAUGAUCGUGUCUCUGCUUCUUAGUACUAACUGUGCAUUCCAGAGUGUCAAAUGUGUCUUAAAGUGAAGAUGUCAGAAAUAAAACAGGACUAUUAUGUUA